GAAUGAUGGCGCAUGUCUUAUCACCACAGGUACAAAACUAGCGCCGGAAUACGUCUUGAUUUUCUUCCUACAAAAACAAUAUGAUGCUUUUACUGAUAUUGAGCCAGGACCAGCAGUGAAACAACCAGCAUCAAGAUGAGUACGGAGCAGUCGUUGAUGUGCCCCACGUGUAAGCUGGACUACACUACAUGGGGACAGUAUGAGGAACAUUUCUGGUCAUUGAUCCACCAUAAACAGCUGGAAAAUCAAUAUGGCAGUGGACAGAUGCACAUAUGUAGUUUAUGUAAUUCCCAGGCUGACUCUCUAUCAUCUUAUGCCAAGCACCUCGUCAGUGAUAAUCAUCGCAUUGCUAUAAAACAACGGAGACAAUCUAAACAGCUACAAGAAGAGCAAAACCAAAGACAACUCAGAGCGGUGGGUCCAAGUUACAGUCAACAAACUUACCCAGGAGGAUUGAUGAAGGGAUCCUGGCAGCAAAAUCAAAGAAAUGUAUGGCGCCAAUAUUUCCAUGGCAAUCAUAACAGCAACUCAUCCCAGAAUAGGACGUGGAGUGCUAAGAUGGAUUUUGAAGCACCACAGAAAAAAGUGACUGGCCCGUACUCGUCGUCAAUGAAUUCUUCAUCACUAAGUUCAUUCGCAAGAAAAAGCAGAUGGGAUCUACCAUUCACUAAAAGUUCAGCAAGAACAAGCAGGUGGGACCAACAAAAAGGAAGCUUUCAAACGACAAAUCCUAGUUCAGUGAAGCAGACAGCUGUAGCGAGCACUGGCAAGGGAACGUGUAUCACUGGAGUAACAAGAUCAGCUAUUGAGGUAGAAGGUCAUAGUUCAGGGGUCAACUCAUCUUUGAAACAGAACAACACCAAGGAAAACCCCCUCAGCACCACUAUCAAAGCAACUUCCAAAGUGAUUCAAACCAAUCAUCUCUCUAAAAACAGUUCUGUACCGAAGUUGUCUUCACAUUCAGUAUCCAGUAAAGUAAAAGAUACUAUACUAACCGAUACAUAUAGGAAAUCCGGUCUAAGCAGACUUACAGUGUGUGAAAGUUCUUGUACAGGAGAUCUGGACAAGAAUGGAAAGAAAAGGAGUUGUAGCUCUGAGAGUGAGAAAACUCUCAAGUAUCAGAAAACUCAACCAAGCACAAGCACACCAGCCAUCGGUGAGAGUACUGUAGUAAAGAAUUCAGCGAGUGGAUUGAAAAGCUCAAAGUCUGAAGAUAAGCAAGGACAAGAGAAGAGUACUGACCAAAAGAAAAGCACUUCAAGGCAAGAAAAGACAAGUGAACUAUUGGUUGCCGAUAAGAGUGAAAAUAGAACAAACGCCAACAGCCAAAGCAAUGUGAUCAAAAGUGCAACAGAGUCGGGAACGGAAUCUGAUUUGAAAAAAGCCAAGAAAAUUAGUGUGUCUCAAACGCCGGAUGGAAUUGGCAAAGUAUUUGCUGCUGGAGAAAUAAGCACAUCACUGGAGCAAACAAAGAAAGUAUUAGAUUUGGGUGAAGAAAAUGUGAUCAAGAAAAUAGAAGAAAAUCUGACCAGUGAUGGGACUUCAAAAACUGACUCAAAAAGUGCACAAACAAAAGCAAGUACAGCUCAGGCUUCCAGUAUAUCUAAUAAAUCUGAAAAAGGUUCAGAAUUAAACUCUUUGGCAUUACCAAGUUCACCAGUUGAUGGGAAAUCUCAGAAUACUUUGGUUAUUGGAAAAACUCCUCCUGAGGUAACUAGACUAAACCUACCACAAUCAAACCCUGAACUUGGCGAAAAAGACCCCUCGUCACUUGUUACGCCCGGUGUAGCUUCUACUGAGGACCCUCUUGAAUCAAUUGAACUCAGUGGAGAAGCAAGUGUCACAAGAGUUCAGCUUCCGCCAAGCCUCCGACGAGAACUGACCAAGCUGCUGGUCAAAAGCCAAGGGCCAAGGCCACGUGUAAAUCUGGCUGCUGCACGUAGCAGGCUUCAUGCAGGUGAGCACCCUCAGGCCCAGGUGGUUGAGUCGCCAGACAGAAUGGUACAGCAGCUUCUAAUGAAACUCCUGGACUCUCCGAAGUCACAAGACAGACAAGUACAGCAGAUUGAAGAGCUUCAGCGUUUAUUGAUUCAGGCGUCCAAGAAGGGUAGCGAGCGAGCUCGUUUUGGGGUGCAGCAGAUUCCAGAAAUCUCUCUGGAAGUUUUAGAAUCGUUACUGAAAAGUGGGCAGCUAAUACCGCUGCUCUCUGACGAUGGUACACAAUCGGAUCAAAAUCAUCCCCUGACAUUGCAUGCCAAUGAACCUGCUGAUUCCACCGAACAACUCAGAAGACCCUUUCUUGUCAACUCGCCUGUGGAUAAGCCCCAUCCUGAAAGGGGUACAAAAACUGUCAUCAAAGAAGAAAAGGUCGAGUCUGAAACGCAUAUCAAAACUGAACCUCCAUCUCCUGAACCAAACACAGUAACAAUCAAAUCAGAACCAGAUCUGGACACUGCAGCUCCAACUGAUGUUGCGUCAUCUACUCAAACAAUGCCUUCCGCACCGCAGACACUAAGCUCAACUGUUCCUCUAGAAGGAGGCAGUAGCACUGACAACAUGAUUCAAACUACUAAUAUCAGAAGUCUUCCCUGGACUCUGAAGAGUAGAAAUCAAAAGGAAGUUUGCAACCUCCCAAAAGAAGCUGACAGUCGACAGCAACCAGUAUUGACUAUCAAUCCACAGGAAGUUUGCAACCCUCCAACAGAAGCUGAUAAACGACAGCAACCAGUAUCGACUAUCAAUCAAAAGGAAGUUCGCAACCCUCCAACAGAAGCCGAUAAACGACAGCAACCAGUAUCGACUAUCAAUCAAAAAGAAGUUCGCAACCCUCCAACAGAAACCGAUAAACUACAGCAACCAGUAUUGAAAACCCCUCGGAAGAGGAGAACCUCGCAAAAGGAUCUGAAAGACAUCUUGCUUCAGCUGUCUCUUAAGGAAGAACGCUUUCACAAAAGGCUGAUUACAGUAGAGAGUAGCUUAAAAACAACCAAGGAGCUCAUCUGCAGGAAACAACAACAUUUUAGGAAGCUUAAAGAGCAGAGAAUUAAGAUUUCACAAGAUGUAAUGGCCAUAAGAACGCAAAGACUGCAGCUCCUCAAAGAAGCAACAACAUCAUCACUCAUCUCUCCAGUGUCUCAGAGGUCAUUGACCAAAGCAUGUCGAAAGAAAUGCCUAAAACCCACCAGCCAAGUCUCUUCUUGUCGCAAAUCUUCCUCGUGUUCUACGCCUGUUAGUGGACUACUGUCAAGUUUGCUUGCCAGAUCAUCAAGUUCCUGUCCAGUUACCAAACAGUCCAAAAACCAUGCAACCAGUGUAGCUUGUACAAACUUUUGUCCUGUCACUAAAGUUUUGUUAAGCGGAAGCUCAGUGAAAGGUAAAUCUCAAGGACUUUCUGGUCGAAUAGUAUUUAAAGGGCCAGUGUUUUCAACUGGAGUUGUCUCUGGUGCUACACCUGGUAGUAAGUUAUCACAGAGUGUUGCUGCGGGAUCCUCUCUUCAGAACCCAGUUAAAUCUCAAACAACAAAGACAAAAUUAUCUCUUUCCCGAGCAGUGACCUAUACGUACAACAGUCAGACAACAGCUGGAGCUUGUACAACGUCUUAUUCAGUCACCAACACUGCUGGGACUUACAAAGUUUCACUUGGGGAAAGCUGCACUCGAGGUAAAUCUCAAGGAACUGCUGGUCAAACAGUAUUUCAAGGGCCGGUGUCUUCAACUGGAGUUGUCUCUGGUGUUAAAGCUGGAACUAAAUUACCACAGAGUAUUGCUGCAGGAUCCCGUCAGAACCCAGUCAAAUCUCGAACAGCUAGUAAAAACCGACCAGUGAAGCAUAAUUACAAUAUCCAGAAAACAACUGGAGCUUGUACAAACCCUUAUUCUGUCUCCAACAGUACUCCAACGUACAAAGUUUCAUCAAAAGCAAGCUCGCUUCAAGGUAAAUCUCAAGGACUUUCUGGUGGAACAUUGUUUCAGGGAUCGGUGUCGAGUACCCCUGUAUCUGCCUCUGUAUGUAGCUCAGGUAGUGAACCAUUAACAAGCUCGUUUAAAGAAUCGUUCUUUAAUUUUUUAACUUGUACUCCCAAGAAGAGCAAUUCCACUCCAGACUCCGUUGAUAAGCCUCAACCAGUCAAAGUGAAAGAAGAGCUUAUUGAUGCGGGAAUAUCUCUUUCUUGUCCAGUGAACAAACCAUGCAAAAUCCAAGCAAGUGUAGCUUGUACAAACCUUUGUUCUGUUGCCAACAGCACUACAACUGAUAGCAAUUCAUUUAGAGAAAGCUCACUUGACGACAAAUCUCAAGGACCUGCUGAUGGAACAUUAUUUCAGAUUUCAGAGUCGAGUCCUCCUGUAUCUGCCUCAGGAUCCUGUCCAGGGAGUGAACCAUUAACGAGCUCAUCUACAGUAUGUGAUGUUCCUGUGAACAACACCCAUGCAGAGGCCACAACUGCAGGUUCUGCCGAGAAGAGCAAUACCACUUCAGACUCAGUUGAUAAGCCUCAAUCAGUCAAAGUAAAAGUAGAACCUACUUUUAAAGUGAAGGAAGAGCCGACUGAUAAAGUGAAAGAGGAACCUAGGGAUCAAGUGAAAGUGGAGCCUACGGAUCAUGUGAAAGUUGAGCCUACGGAUCAAGUGAAAGUUGAGCCUGUUGAUCCUGGUUAUCAAGAUGUUGGUGAUGCCAGUUUACAAGCUCCUUUAGUUACACUCCCUAAGACAAGUCUUUUUAAACAGUCCAAAAAUCCACCUAGUUCUCUUUUUGGGACCAGUACCAGCUCAAACACUCUCCCAGAAACCAGAGUUGAAGGUCAAUCAAUGGAUGAGAAACAAAUCAUUGAGGACGUUAGCAAUACUGAACAGACAAACCAGGAUCAUCAGGCACCACCGGUAAACAAGAGACGGAUUUACAGGGCUUGGAAGGCAUCACCAGCAUCCAAGAAGGCCAAAACAUCUGAAGGAUUCGCAACAGCCGAAUCACCAAAUAGUGAAGCUAGGUACCCAAUAGGGUCUGCUAUUGACACAUCUACUCUUGAAGUUCCAUCUGCUGUCAUAAAGUCCCCCGGUUGUACCUCCGUUUGUGAGAAGUGGAUACCAGUGCUGAAGCUACGCAAGAUUGACCAACAAGUUACUAGACCUAUCGUCAAAACAGAAAAAACGCCGUCGAGAACAACUAAUAAAGGCAAAGGAAGCUCACCAACUCCUCUUGAUUUAAGUGUCUACGACAUUUCAUCAGACAGUGAAAGUUCUGCCAUAGUGGAGCCAAUCACAAGGAAAGCCAAAUCAAGCGUCCGUAAAGUCCGGAAGCUGAGUGCAUUGAGAACACACUCUCCAUCACCACGAUCUUCAUAUGAGCAACAAAGCAUCCCCGGUGCAAAGUGUGGCAUAUUUCGUGCUCAUAGCAAGGCUGUCCAAGGGAUGUGCAGUGUCAAGGGGAAAUUGUGUACGGUUAGCGCAGACUCCACAGCAAAACUCUUCAGUAUUAAACACUUCAGUCGUUACAAAGUGUUCAAAGGUCACCGCGACAGCGUGAAUUGUGUUUCAGCGUGGAGUUCUAAAGACCCAGAUACUCUGGUUACAAGCUCGUAUCUGUUUACAGGCUCUAGCGAUGGAAACAUCAGAAUGUACAGUAUGCAGAUAUUUGCGUGUGAGAAGGUCAUCUGUUGUAAUUCUCGAGUCACAUGUUUUUUGUUGCGAUCGGAAACUCUGUAUGCGGGGCUUGCAAAUGGUUGUGUCACUGUAAUUAACCUAAAGGAUUUCACAACGGAGACAUUUCAAUGCAAGAGAGAUAUCAUCAUUCAGUGUAUGAUUACAGCCAAAUACGAGGGAGAAGUCUGUCUGGUAAAUGCCUACUCAGAUAACACAGUGGGUGUGCAUGCUUUGGCUGAUGGCAAACAGCAUAUUGUCCUCCGAGGACACACCCGACCCGUACUCUGCUUAGGGGUGUUUGACCAUCAUGUGUACAGUGGAUCUGCAGACAGGAAAGUAAUGAUACAUGACAUCAGGACAGGGGUACGGACUAAAACCAUCAAACACCAUGGGAGCGCAAUAACAGGCUUAAUUGUUGGUACUCCGUACUUGAUUACCGCUUCAAUGGAUAAGAAAAUCCGUCUCUUCAGUGCAAAGGAUGGGAAGCUUGGAAGAGUAAUAGCCGAGUGCCCUUACGGUAUAUCCUGUAUGAUUCGCAUCAAGAAAAUGCUGUAUGUCGGAUGUACUACUGGUCAUGUGGAAGCCAUAGAUGUCAGGCCAGACAGUAUCAGGGAUGAGGAUGGGAAGAAGAAGAAGAAGAAGACCAAGGCCAAAAAAGUCAUGUUCAAGUGCGAGUGGUUAGAUUGUGGCAACCGAGUCAAACUUACUAAAGGUGCUAAGCAUCUGAAUAAUUACCAUAUUAUCAGUAAGAAAGAGCAUCAAUGCAAGUGGGGUUACUGUGACGUGGUCAUAAACAAGGCAUUACCAAACUGUCAGAAGCUUUUGUGGAAACAUGCCAAGGAUCAUAUACAGCCCCAAGAGUGAGCGAUGAUUGAAGGAACAGAAGAUACACCAGAAAGACUUUGAACACCUGGGAGUGUGUGGGGCUGGUGGUUAGUGGAGCCGCUGCAAAUCAGUUGAGCACAGCAGAUGUGUGAUUAGCUGAAACAAGUUACCCACCAAAAUGAUACAUGAUUAAGUACAUUUAAUUUCAUUUAUUUCAUUUACAUGUAUCUUUACAGGUUCCCUGCUGAUGUUCGCUAAGGAAAUUUGUUUGUAAAGCAAAACGCUUGGAUUGGCAGAUGUUUCCUUAGUGCAAGUCUAUACAUCACUUGCAUACACAUUGCAUAUAUGUAUUUUGUUUUACUUUCUGUACCAAAGCUGCCUUACAUUUGUUUAUCAUUUUACCUAUAGUUUCACUAUUUGAUAUGCCAUUUUUUCUGACUGCAAUUAACAUUUUAAUGAGACUUUUGAUUCUUUCCCCCCCCCCCAUGUUGGCCUAGUGGCUUCUGUCCCCGUCUUUCACCUCUGUAGACCCCAGUUCGAAUCCCAUCUCAGACAGGAGCCUUGAUUGCGUUGGUUUUCUCCCAUUAGGGUUUUUCUCCUACAUCAAAAACUGAAUUUGUUUUUCUCGUUUCCUAUUCCAUCCUGUUAUUGGCACCAAUUGUGGUGUUGGAUGCGUCAUCAAAUAAAUAAAUGACGCCAAUGGAAUGGGUUUGGCCUUUGAUGGGAUUGCGUCAUACUUAAGUUAAAUAAUAAAUAGAUAGCACAAAAGCAGAGUAGCAAGAAUUACACCAAGGUCAAUUGGUGGGGUUAAUUAACUAUUAGUGCAUUACUGAUCAACUUGAUCAAUGUAAAGAAUAAAGCAGAAGAUCGUUAAUUGUGGUUUUUUACGCUCAUCUUGGAUUUUUGUCCCUAGUGAGUUUGCUCAUUAAUUUUUUUUUUAUUGUUAUAGUAAAAGCAAAAACCACUAAUUGGUAUUAUUGGUUGUCCGAAAAACAAUUGGCUAUAAAGGCAAAAUUGAUGCAUUGUUACGAGGCAAAGCAAUAAAAUUUGAUUAAUGACUUGCUCAAGAAUAUUUGUAGCCAAAACGGACUAGUGAAAAUGGACUCUUGUAUUCACUUAACUCCUUGGAUUUUUUCUUAAAUAUUAAAGUGAUUUCCAUUUAACUCAACAAAACUGUUCAGCCUUCAAGGUGGGGCUAAAGAGUUUGUUGCUGGUAUUUCUUUAAUAAUACUUUAACAACAGGUUUUUGUAUUGUUUUUCUUUUCUUUCUGUUUGUUUAUAAUACAAAGUUAGAGCAAGUGUGAAGGUGCAUACUUAUAGAAUACAGCAUUUCUUAAGAUUAGAAAAAGACAGAGAAAUGUAGAAGACAUAACAUUUCCCAGCUUUGGAGUGAAUGUUUUGUUCUUUUCUUAUUUUGGAACUUCAUUUCGUUAAGAAGAAGGAACAAGGUGAAGAUAAAGACAAAUCAAUGAAGUAUUAGGAUCUGUUCUCUCACUUGGGAUGUUUCAUUAUUUAAUCUUUUAGAGACCAUAGCGGCCAGACACGGCUUGUACGAAAUGCUCAUGGCGGCCAAGGAUCUGACCUACUUCCACUCAAAAUAAAAGGUCAGAGCAAAGGUCAUGUCAUGUAUUGACAUUUUCCAUUGUUUUCAUGUUUCUGGAAAAAACAAAAAUAUUAGCCGUGUCUUGUGGGUUACUGCACCUGACUUUCAGUUAAGAAGACUGAGGUUCAAACCCUGUGUCAUGAGGUUGAUUGCAAGUACUUUUCAGGGUACAUUGCCACAUUUUUUGUUUAACAUCCUCAUCUCUGAAAAGUGUCCUCGGUUUGUUUAAUUUUAAUUUGUUCACUCUUAAUUUGUUUACUUUUAAUUUGUUCACUCCUAAACUCAGCAGUGCAAAGCUUACGUCAAAGCUUGAGAUUUUUCCGAAUCACUUAAAUUUAUUUGUAUUGUGACAUCAGAUUUUGCUUUGUAAUUAAAGUGCAAUGAAGCCAAUGUUAACUAAGAUAAUCAGAGGAGAUUAAGUAAAUUAAAUUAACAGACAUGUUGGUAUUUUGUCUAUCAUAUAUCUCUUGAAACGUAGAAAAAAUUGCUUAUCAAUAAUGUAAGAAAUCCAUUAUGCAAAAUAGUGCAAGUAGAUUUGACGGUCCUAAAAAUCAAAGCUUGACAAAUUGUAGUUCAAGAAGGCAAAGCAAGUAGUUAUUUUGAAUAACAUUUGUGCAUGUACUUUUAUGAUGACUGCACAUCAAAGGUAUAAAUGUAUUAUUUGGUACUUUCUAUGUUAAUUAAUGAUUAUAAUAUAUGGAUCUUGUUUUUUGAUAGGGGUUUCUCAUACCAGCGUUUAAGUUCAAGCACAUCUCAAACAUCUCAAAGAAGAAAAAACAAUUCUUUCACAUUUCAGCUUUCUUGGCCAAAGUUGGACACUGUUAGAAAAGUUGCUCUUUUGCUACCAAAGAGUUGCUUUUGAGGCAGUGCAGUUCGUUUUGCCUUCAAGAAUAGCCUGGUAUUUGAACCUUGAACUAUGUGUUGUAAGUGCCGUAUAGUCAUACUGAUGGUGCGGACAUCAGCAACACAGCCAUGAAGACAUUAAUUGAUCAACCAUCAUCUUAACCGUGUUAGAAGUCAAAUUACUUGAUUCUAGCAACAUUUUAGUCAAGACUUUGGCUUGAUAUAAGGUUUGGGUGCUGAGUUAGUUACCAAAUGGUGUUGGACUGCAUUAUAUUCACCCUAAGGGUUACCUUAAUUUUUGAAACCAAAGAAAUCGGAUAGGAAAUAUAAGUGUUUACUUCCUAUCUCAUUCAUAUAUUUUGUUAGGAUACUUUUGUAUACUUUUGUUAUGGAUUAUUUAUCUGGCAUUAUGAUCUGGAAAUGAUCUCUACAGUUUAUCAAUACUUGAAAUUGUCGUUGUUGUUGUUGUUGUUGUUGUUGUUGUUGUUGAUGGUGGUGGUGUUUUUUUUUUUGGGGGGGGGGGCAGACAUGCCAUAAUGGAGAGUCCUGUAUUGGAUCAAUGCUGACAACUUGAUGAAACUGCAAACCAUUCAUGUUACUGGGCCAAUGUUUUAAAUAUUUGUUGCUGAUUAGUUGAAUAUUGUAGUAGUCCGACAUAAAAAAAAAACCAAGUUGGAAGUCAGAGGCCCACACUCGGUUUAUACAUGUACAUUGUACUAUAGUUAAGAUAAAUUAUUUUUGUAUUUACAAAAUAAAUUAGGCAAGGAAAACUUGUUGAUUAUUUCACUUAAUUUAUAUAACAAAUAUCACAUUUUCUUUUUGUUUAUCUUGUGAUUAAUUUCACCAUUGCCCAAAAUUGUUUGACAAAUAAAAUGCCAUAUUUGCAAACGUAUUUCAUUUGUCACUUGUUUUUUAUUUUGAUAUUUCGUCCUGUCUGUUUUUACCCAAAGUAAACCUGGAAAUAAAUCAAAUUUAAUUUUGUAAAGUCAUAAGACCUGAAUUUUUACAUAGUGAAAUUUGUUAGUUGGGGAACCACAAAGGUAUCUAUUGCUUUAACAUUUAUUUUAAUAUCAUUAUCUAUUUUUUUUCUCAUGAAAACGAUUACUUCAAUAAGCCUUUAACUCUGUGUUCAACCCUAGUUACAAUUCAAUACUAUUUUGUUUGGUAUUUGUUAUCAAUUGAGCCUUGUCAACGGCUUGAGCCUGCCUGCCUUCCAGCGGUUUUAAAUCUGGCCAACGAAAUUGCGUUUACCAAAAUAAGGUUACCAGUAUGUCUAGUGUACUAUGUGUUACUGGUAUCUUGUACAUUUCUGCUUAAUAUUAAAUUUUUAAGCAAAAAGUUCUGCUUUAGCAGCUCUUUGAAAUUUGGCCCUGAGCGAAGAUAAAUAUUGGUAAGCAGGAACAGAUUAACGGCCAACACACAUGUAUUGUGACUGGUCCCCUGCUAAUGUUGGCUACAAACGAACGAGCGCGAUGGAAGAAAAGCACAUCAAUUGAAACGGCUCCCUUUCUCGUAAAUCAAUUUUGAAAAUCCACCUAGUAACUACUUAAAACAAGUUAACAAGACUUUCAAUUAUUCGGUGGUUUUAAAGUAGUCGAUUAUGUCUUCAAAAAAAAAACCAAAGGAUAUUUGUAAUUAAAAUGAAAAAUUAAAAAAAUAAUUUUUAUUUAAAGUUUCAUUCUCUUUCUCACCAAUUUAGCUUUCAUGCAUCCAGCUCUCAAUAAUCUCCCUUUUAACACAAAGCCACAAACUUCCUUUAAUUUUGCUUUAUUUUGCUACUUUCUAAUGUUAAUUUUUAUCAAUUAAAAAUCUAUCAACAACAAACCUGAAAGGGAAUGUUGAAUAAUUUUGAAUAACUUCAGGUCAAACAGAGAACAAGGUUAACCAACGACCUAACAUUAUUAACCGAUCAUCCGUUUAAAUAACAGGGUUUUUUUUCACUAGUGUAAACAAUGGAAUACAAAGUAGGUUGUAAUCCACCAGUAUUGAAGACCUCUGAUACCGUUAACACAAAAGAAAAACAAACAAUAUUGGUGCAGUAUAAUGAUUUAACAAUGUGAAAAGUUAAAAAUAUAAUUUUCCGUUUAUUUUCUCUUUCGCAUCAAUAUAGUGUACUUUUUCCUCUUCUCGUGAGAAAAAGUUUGUUUCUGGAGAAAGUUACUUUU